UCUCUCUCUCUCUCUCUAGAAUUGUUUUCAAGAAAAUCCAAUUUCUUGGAAAAUACCAUUUGAUAUAUACACAAAAAAAUAAAAAAUGCAUCAACCAAUUUUUAGUGAGCUGACGCCGGUGAAUUUUUCAGUGGAGUCAUCACCGGUGUAUAGCCGGAGUUCGAGUUUUAGUAGUCUUAUGCCGUGUUUAACGGAAACAUGGGGUGACUUGCCUUUGAAAGUUGAUGAUUCUGAGGAUAUGGUGAUAUAUGGACUCUUGCGCGAUGCCGUUACCGUUGGUUGGACACCCUUUAACGACGUUAAAGUCGAGACAAGGAUUGAAGUCGAACCCGAGAUGAGUAUAGCUGCGGUGAAGACGGAAUAUGUUGAUCCUCCACCGAUGACGGCGAAGCCAGCGGUGGCGAAGUUGAAGGGGAGGCCGAGGCACUAUAGGGGGGUGAGGCAACGGCCAUGGGGAAAGUUUGCGGCUGAAAUAAGGGACCCGGCUAAAAACGGCGCUAGAGUGUGGCUUGGGACGUAUGAAACGGCUGAAGAAGCGGGUUUGGCUUAUGAUAGAGCGGCUUAUAGAAUGCGUGGCUCGAAAGCUCUGUUGAAUUUUCCUCACAAAGUUGGCUCGAAUGAGCCAGAUCCGGUAAGAGUGACGGCUAAGAGGAGGUCACCUGAGCCAGCUGCUUCAUCUGCUUCGGAGAGUUGCUCACCUAAGCGGAUAAAGAAAGAGGCGGUGGCUGAGCAAGCCGAAUUGGAGGUAGAGAGCCGAUCAAGUGGCUGUCAAGUUGGUUGGCAAAUGACUCAAUUGCCAUUGGGUGGACAACUAUUGGUUACCUAAAUACGCAGUAGAGGCGAACACGAUAGGGGCUUGUUAGGUUUUUUGUAAAUAAAAAAGACAUUUUGUACCACUCUCUUUAUAGUCAAUUAGUCAUCUAAUGAAAUUUAAAUCAAUGGAUUUGUAAUAUGUGUAAAAAUCAAGCAUGGUGGGGGUAGGUUUGGUGGUUGAGGGAAUAAAAGUUUUUCCAUGGUAUGAAGACAAGAAAAAAUAAACCACAUGUAAAAACUUUUUAAUUCGAGAGAAAUAAAGUUAUUUUUCACGUGAAA